AACAUAUUAUUUUCCGUAUGUGCUAGCCAAAAGUGAGUACCCAUUUAAAUACGUAACUUCUGCUGCUAGGGUGUCUCUCAAUCAAAACAAUUAUGGAAGACCUAGUUUGAUCGUGUGUGAAAAUGUUACAUAUCUUUAAAUCUAUUUGGUAACUAUUGUUUCUUUUUCAUUAUAACAAACAAAAUGUUUUUGCAUUGCAAUUUCUUUACUGUCUUUUUAAGAUAAAAUGUCCUGGUGGGAGUUAUCUCUCGAUCAGAGCUCCACCCAAUCUAUGACUCAACACAGAAACACAGGAAACAAGACAUACAUUCUUUCAUGUGUGAUAGCACACUCAGACAAAGACACAAUAAAAGAUUCACCCUCAAUAAGAAAAACAACCAUAUCCACUGAUAGAGGAGCUGCAGGAGGAAACAGAGGGGAACAACUGAACACUGCUGAAGCGCUUCAACAAGCUGAAGAAACCACUUUGUGAACUGAGGAGCCACAACUCAAAGUGAAAGUAAAAUUCAAGGAUCUUUCUAGGGUGACUGAUCACACUGUUUGCAGUUCUUUCCGUUUAACACGGUGUGAAACAUGUUUUCCGUAUCAGAUGAGGAUUUAUCUUGUCCUGUUUGCCAUGAUAUCUUCCAAGAUCCAGUUGUCCUGUCGUGUAGCCACAGCUUUUGUAAAGCCUGUCUUCAAAAAUGGUGGAGAGAGAAACAAACAUGUGAGUGCCCAUGCUGUAAGACAAUAUCACCAAAGAGAGAUCCACCCCGUAACUUGGCAUUAAAGAACCUGUGUGAGGUCAUUUUACAGGAGAGAGAUCGCAGAGGUUCAACAGGGUCUGAGACACUUUGCAGUCUUCACUCUGAGAAACUCAGACUCUUCUGUCUUGACCAUAAGGAGGCAGUGUGUCUCAUCUGCAGGGACUCAAAGAGGCACACCAACCACACGUUCAGACCCAUCGAUGAAGCGGCACACGAUCAAAGAGAGGAGCUCAGGAAAUUCUUGAAACCUUUUCAAGAGAAACUCCAACUCUACAAACAAGUAAGAGGAAAUUGUGAUCAAACAGCAACACAUGUUAAGGCACAGGCCCAACAAACAGAGAAGCUGAUCAAGGAGCAUUUUAAGAAGUUUCACCAGUUUCUGAAAGAGGAAGAGAAGGCCAGACUCUCUGCUCUGAGAGAGGAAGAGGAGCAGAAGAGUCAGAUCGUACAGGAGAAGAUUGGUGCUCUGAGCAAAGAGAUAGUAGCUCUUUCCCACACAAUUGCAAAAACAGAGAAAGAACUGAAAACUGAAGAUGCCUCUUUCCUGCUAAACUACAAGGCUGCAGUGGCAAGAGUCCAGCAGCGCCCUCUGCUGGAUGAUCCACAGCUCAUCUCAGGUGCUCUGAUUGAUGUGGCAAAACACCUGGGCAACCUGACUUUCCAUAUCUGGAACAAGAUGAAGGAGAUAGUCUCCUACAUUCCUGUAAUUCUGGAUCCAAACACAGCCGACCCAGAGCUUGUCGUGUCUGAAGAUCUGUCCUGUGUGAGAUCUGCAAACUGUCAGCAACUCCCAAAAAACCCAGAGAGGACCAAGUUCUCCUGCUGUGUUCUUGGCUCUCAAGGAUUCAACUCAGGGUCUCAUAGUUGGGAUGUUGACGUUGGAGACAACAAAGACUGGGAGCUGGGUGUGUUGGGAGAGUAUAUCCAGAUGAACGAACGCCUACAGUCCGGCUUGUGGAGAAUUUUAUUUUCCAAUAGGAAAUUGUCAGCGUUCUCUACUUCAGGCUCAGAGCAAGAUGUGUCACUGAGAAAGAAGCUCCAGAAGAUCAGAGUCCGUCUGGACUUUGACAGGGGAAAGCUGUCGUUCUUUGACCUUGACACCAACACACUCAUACACACCUUCAAACACACUUUUACUGACACACUGUUUCCAUACAUUUACACUGAGAACCGCCUCUCACUUAAGAUUUUACCAGUGAAGGUCAGUGUGACAGUAGAAACACAGAUAUUAUUCUGACAGGGUUAAGCAAUAACACAAUAGCCUCUGAUUACAUUUAACCGGAUGUCUUUUAUUAUUGUUUAAUAUUUUAGGGCUGUAUUAGAUAAAUGUGGGCAGUGCAGAGAUCAAUAGUUCAUGUAAUGAAGGAAUCAGAUUUGAACUUUUCUGUGUUCUGUAAAAUGAUUUAGUUUAGUACGUUUUUUCCCUUGACACAGCAGCCAUUUUGACACAUUUUAGCAGGGAAACCACGGGUGUUAAAAAUCACAUUGAGAAUGGCUGUGUUCACUCAGGACAGUGUGACAAUGAACCGGCAUGCACACUACAACUGGUAACUAAAUGGCUCUCAGCCAUUAUUAAUUUGGUAACUGUGAUUUUCCUCAUGCCAAAAUGGCUGCUGUGCAAAGUGCACAUUGAUGAUGGUGGUGGUGGUUGUAUGAAAGAUUAUUAUGCCAUAUUAUUUAUUGAAUUAGCAAACAUCAUUAUUUUACUUGUUAUUAAGUAUCCAUUCAUUAACAAUUCAUUUUUCAUGAAGAAACAGCAUGAGUGUCACUUUUGGUGGUUAAAGUAUCAAAAGGGCUGGUGGUAGUAUAUUAGCUGCAACCAAUUAACUGGAACAUAGGCACGAAUGAAACCGUUUGCUGUGUGCCUGUGUGUU